UAAUCAUGAGAUUAGAUCAUGCAGCUGCUCGUGUAGAUGAAGAACAAAAGAUUUUAGGUGAUUUGAUAUCUGCUGCGGGCUCCACUUCAUAUGUUGCUGCGAAGCCAUAUUCUCUAGCUCCAUCGAAGACGGGCAAGAUGAACUCCAUUGGAUUAAAUCCUGCUUCGCCUAAGCGCACUAGUUCGCGCGAGGACCUUGAUGAAUUGCCUAGCUUCCCACAGCAGGUCGAUGGAUCUCAUAGUGCUACGUCUUCAAUUGAGUUGGAGAUGGUGGAAGAGAAGGACAAUCCUCUUGUCGCCAGCAUGAUUAGCGAACAAAGUGGAACAUCAACUAUGUUUUUCCUUGGCGACAUGAAGGUAGAUGAUACAAACAAAGCACCACCAAAGAAGUCCUACGCGGGAAAGCGGUCCUCCAAGUUGGAACUAGCUCGAACAAGUCGGGCGAGCAGCGGGGAUAGGCAAGAGCGAACGUUUGUGCCGCCGCUUGCUUUGGAGGGUACUGUGGCGCAAGCGCCGAUGUGGACGACUCCCAGAAAGGAUGCGUCUCCGAGUUCUACGAGCAAACCAAGUGAGGCUAUUGUAGUGGUUGAUAUUCCGCGAAUAGUGGCCUCACCGAACCAGG